AUGGUCUACAAAUACUAUCCAAUCGUGGGCAUUUCGGCGGGAAAAGGCCCAGAUGGUGAGGUGCCUCCUCGCCAGGAGAUCAAUGCCUGGAGCAGAAACCGCAAGAACAGGAUUCAGGUGGUGUUAUUCCUCAAGGCGCUCAAGCUUCUGCAGGAAAUUUCGCCAGACAAACGCGGUUCAUAUUUUCAAAUUGCAGGUAUUAAUGGCAUGCCUUACAAAUCAUGGGAUGAACCAACAAUUAAUGCAAAGUCGUAUUCCCACGGAGGUCAUUUAUUUCUACCAUGGAACCGACAGUAUAUACUUCUCUUUGAGCAACGGCUCUAUGAGAUUAUGGUCAAUGAGAUAAUCCCCAAGUAUCCUGAGGAGAAUCAGUCUUUACUCCGUACUGCAGCAGAUACAUGGCGAAUGCCCUAUUGGGAUUGGUCAACAAAACCUCAGAUACCCUCGCUAGCGACCCAGCCUGAGCUGCAGAUCUCCGUCCUGGACGAGCUGGAAACUAUAUCGAAUCCGCUUUAUCAAUUUCGCAUGCCGAAUGGAAAGGAUAUGGCAUCGGAGGGUGUUGAAGAUGUACACCUCUCAGGAGAGAAGGCAGUACUAUCAUAUGGGAGCUGCAUUGCCACCAGUCGACGUCCCUCUGAACACCAAAGAGCAUUUGAAAGUACAACCUGGAUCCAUGAGGCAGUGAAUGCCGCAGAAUCGAAUAGGUACUUAGCUCAACCUAAGUCUAUCAACGAGAAGAUCUAUGGCACUGGCACGGAAGCGGUAUAUAGGCUCCUCACAUAUCCCCUCGAUUAUCAUCAGUUUUCCACCAUGGCGAGCAAUAAUAGCGAUGCUCAAGCCUGGACAAGUCCUAGCAUUGAAUCAAUAAAUAAUAACAUUCAUUGGCUGGUUGGUGGAGAAGGGGGCCAUAUGUCUCAACCUGCUGUCGCUGCCUUUGACCCGAUCUUUUGGCUACACUAUUGUAAUAUCGAUCGACUAUGGGCGAUUUACCAGGAAUUGAACCCAGAUAGGUCGCUUGAAGGGUGUAGUGAACACAAAGAGCCCCUGCAACCAUUCCACAAAGACGAACAAGGGACUAUCUGGAUGGCCCAUGAUACUCGCGACUUUCGAGGGUUGGGUUAUACAUAUCCUGAACUACAACCAUUGCUAUCCCAGUAUCAGCCCGGGGGCGUGUUCAACAUGGAUCUAUAUACGGCUAGCAUUUUAAGACAGAUUAACCUUAAAUAUGGCGUUUCGCGCUAUGAAGCACUCUUACUACUGGAAGGAGCGAUUAAUGGGAUAGGGAAUCCUCUUCCUCAAGGUAUAAGAAAGAUGGAUGAGGGUGUUGCUUUGAAUGACGUUGCUCUAAGCAUUCGCUAUUCAAAAUUUGCCCUUGGUGGCUAUCCAUUCAACAUCGAAAUUUUCCUUGAGCCAGCAGAGGGUAGCGGGCGCCAGUUUGUACCUGAUGAAUAUGUGGCCAAUGUUUACAACUACAGCAGCCCAGCUGUGGGUAAUGAUGGAGUGUCUUGCACUGAUUACACCCCUCUCAAGCGACAAGAUUUAGAAGUGGCCGCAUAUAUUCCCUUAAAUUCAGUCCUAACCCGACUGCUCAAAGACGGAAGAUUGAAGAAGCUCGAUAUGAGUGAUGUUGAGGACGUGCUGAAGAACCUCUACUGGCGGGUUACAAUGGGGGGUUUCCCUGUACCAGAGCCAGAAUGCGGACAAUUGAACCUCCAAAUCCUUAUGUUGAUCGGUGAGAUGAGCCACAGCAAGGAUUCUAAUAUACCUUCAAAACUUAAUGGGGUGUCAGAGGUGCUUCUAAGUUUGGGGCAAGACGAACCAGAAAAACCACAAGAACCACCCGACGAUCCCCUUUUAACCCUUGGUCCACCAAAGAAGCUCGCCUCGAAUGUCACACCCGGUACCUCUAUAGUGAUCGAGUCCUCUUCGUUGAAUCUCAGCAAGCCGGGCUCACGGGAUCUGAAUCGAAUCAUCUUCAUUUACUUUAACGACAGCACAGGAACCAUCGGUUCGGAUAAUUUCGAUGUCGUUAUUAGCGUGAACAUCAUUCGCAGGUUUUCCAAAAUCCAACUCCAGACCAAACAAGCCACCCAUGGCUGGGAGGCCCUGAGCAUGAUUAAUUUCCCCGCCUGGUUUCAAAUCUCCUCAGAUCUUCGAAUCCGUGUGGAUGCUCGGGGUGGUACUUAUGAGCUUUAUAUGAAUGAUAAUCACAUCCAAUCAGUGCCGAACAAAUAUGGAGCGGGCGGAAUUACCCAUGUUAAAUAUGAGGCGUCGAGGGAGCCGUUUGCAAUGUUGGAAGAGUUGAGAAUCGUGACGAACUCUGGAUAG